CAUUUACCGAUUAGCUAAGUAUAUACAGUCUGUAACGUAUACUUCAUCAAUUGAGAAAUCAGCUGCCCCGAGUUUAUUCGCUUUCAUUGAGAAGCCCUCAGUUUAUUGGUGUUGAUGACCUUGAGACAGACGGCCACUCUCGCCUCCCUUUUCAGUCUCGCUCUCGGUCAAGCAUUGAGCAUCACAUUAGGCUUUUAAUUCUACAGAAACUCAUUGGCUUCUGAACUCGGCCAUAUUGAGAGUUUCAUGCUCCGAGUGUCUCUUCGACGCUUAGCUAAGCCGACACAACCGAAACUCUCCGAAAUAACUGGCCAGAAAGACAUAAUAGCCGGUAGACUAUAACAUACACUGAGAAGAAUGGAGAUCGAGAGGUCAAUGGCUCUAAGCUUCAUUGCUCACUACUGGGCGUUGGGACUGGCUGUAGUUACCGCGGCAUGGCUGAUACGAAACCGAUAUCAUAAUGGGCUGAACAAGUACCCCGGGCCGUUCAUGGCCUCGUUGACGGAUAUCUGGCGAUUAUGCGAGGUAUGGGGCCGCCAGUUCGAGGUGACAAAUCGCAAACUCCACGCCCAGUACGGCGACGUGGUGCGCUUAGGUCCGAAUACUCUGUCGUUUGCGGACCCGAAGGCGUUAAAGACUAUUUAUGGACUUAACAAGGGAUUCAUCAAGUCGGAUUUCUAUAUUGUCCAGCAAGGGGUUUCGAAAGGAGGUGGUCUUGCGACGCUCUUCAGCACGACGGAUAACACCUUUCACGCCCAGCUCCGCCGCUGUGUGAACUCGGCCUUCUCCAUGUCGGCCUUGGUGCAAUACGAGCCUUUCGUGACCAACACUAUAAAGCUAUUUUUCGAGCAAACCGAGCGCCUCUAUGUCAACAAUGUCGACGGAUGCGACUUCGUGAGAUGGCUACAGUUCUACGCAUUCGAUGUCAUCGGCGAGGUCACGUAUAGCAAGCGUCACGGCUUCUUGGAGAGGAACGAGGAUGUCGAUGGUAUCGUCAACUACCUGGGGAACCUGUUCCUCUACGUCGCCCCAGUCGGCCAGAUCCCCUGGCUAGACCGGUUGUUUCUCAAGAACCCCAUCUACCUCAAACUCUCGGAAUGGGGCUUUGUGGACGCCACGAACCCCAUCGUGCUGUUUGCACGAGCCCGUAUGGCUGAGCGUCUAGGUAUGGUCGAGAAUGAUGCUGGCAAGCCCUUGCUUCCCAUUACAGACACAGCGAAAUUGCAGGCUGGCGGAGCAGCAUCGCCGGACCUCUUGUCCAAGUUCCUCGCUGCGCGCGACUCGCGACCCGAGUUCAUGAAUGACAAGCUGGUGCUUGCUAUGGCUGUGUCGAUGGCGUUCGCGGGGUCCGAGACCACGGCCAUCUCGCUCUCCGCCGUCUUCUACAACCUCCUUCGUAAUCCGGAUAUUCUGGCACGACUGCGCACGGAGAUUGACGACGCAGCGCGGGCGGGCGCUUUCGCGGACUAUGAGUUGGGUAUUGUGACGUGGGCAGAGAGCCAGCGUCUCCCGUACCUUGAUGCCUGUAUUAAGGAGGCCUUCCGCAUGUACCCGGCCGCGGGACUGCCGCUCGAGCGCAUCGUACCGGAGCCCGGUGUCGAGAUCGCCGGCCAUUACGUAAACGGAGGCACUAUCGUCGGCUGCUCUGCGUGGCUCAUACAUCGCCGCCCUGAGAUCUUCGGCGACGACGUUGACGUUUACAGGCCUGGGAGAUGGCUCGUCGACGAGUCACUACCCGAGGCACAGAGGGAAGAGAGGGAACGGCGGAUACGCGAAAUGAACGGGCAUAUGUUCCAGUUUGGCAUGGGUGCCCGGACGUGUAUCGGCAAGAACAUUAGCUUGUUGGAGAUGUACAAGGUUGUGCCGAGCUUGUUAAGGAGGUUUGAGAUCCGCUUCAAGGACCCGAGCCAAGAGUGGAAGACGGUCAACGCGUGGUUUAUCAAGCAGCAAAACUUCAGAACGCUCUUCGAGAAGCGAGAACUGGUUCUGCCUGACGGCCGGGCAGAGAUAAAAGCGUGAAGUUCGUGACGGGGGUGGUGGUGGUUGCACGGCGUGCUGACGUGAAUUCAUCAGCCAUGAUAACCUCGCCAUUGCGCUUUUUGUAUAUAGCAUAAAUAUUCCUAGGAAGUGGUUGGACAGACACAAAUAUUCCUACAAAAUGGCCAUGCACACUCCACACUGUGACGACGCCACUAUUCAUAGUUGCUCUAUUUACAAAUAGACUUGAAUAGUCUGGAUUUAAUCAUCAUGUUAGGGACAUCGAUUCCGCGAGAAUAUUUCAAGAUUUUGUGAAAGUGGAUCGUCACUCCUGGUACACAUAUACACAGAUUGAUCCACGAAUAUACAUACGUCAUGUCCGGCCGACCGUUGCUAUAUCAAUACCACCACAGCACAGGCAUAGUGAUCCCAUCGUGUCAAAUCGUGACCAACUGCUUCCAGGAUGUAUGAUGCUUGAUAACACUUAGAC